ACAUUCAGACUCGGUCUGUGUUAGUUUCUGCAGAUCAGACCCUGCAAGCAAGCAACCACUAUUCCGCCAUGCAACCCAGCGAUGAGAUUGAGAACACACAAUUCUACACUACUCAUCAUCAUCACCUUCUCCCUUCAAAUCCAAAUCACCAAUACUAUUAUUAUCCUCCGGCCGCCCAUCAUUUCGCCUCAUCAUCAUCAUCAACCAACAACCACCCUCUGCACCAUCAUUAUCUCCACCAGAUGGCGGCUCAACUCCAGGACUUCAACCCCCCAUCUGCGUGUUUCAGCGGCGGGGGCGCGUCAACCUCAGACGAGGCGGAGGAGCAGCAGCAAGUGAUGAGGCGGCAGAGGAGAAUGAUCUCGAACCGGGAAUCGGCGCGGCGGUCGCGCAUGCGGAAGCAGAAGCACCUGGACGAGCUGUGGUCGCAGGUGAAUUGGCUGCGGAACGAGAACCAGCAGCUGCUGGGGAGGCUGAGCCAUGUGGCCGAGAGCCACGAGCAGGUGGUUCAGGAGAACGUUCAGCUCAAGGAGGAAGCUUCCGAGCUUCGUCAAAUGCUCAUCACUACUGGGACCACGCAGAUUAUUAUCAAUGGCGCGGCGGCGCUUACCCCGCCGCCUUCUGAUCGCUGGUAGCUAGCUAGCGUACGUGAAUAAGGAAUUGAUCUGAGUGUAUGUUUUGCAUGCAUGCUCGAUCUGCCUACGAUAGAUUAUGCUUCUGAUCUGCCUAGAUGGAAAAUCUUGAUUUCUGUUUUCAAUUCCCCUACUUCAUAUCUACAAUCUACUUUUCAUGUAGAGCUGUCAAAACAGACUAGCGGGAUAGGACAGACUAGCCCGCUCUUUGACACGCUAUUUUUAAACCCACCCCUAUCUAAGUAGGAGGAGGAGCGGGCUGAUGGACAAAAUCCAUACCUGUUCCACCCCUAUCUAAGUAGGAGGAGGAGUGGGCUGAUGAACAAAAUCCGUUUUGAUGACUC